GAAUGAAAUUUUCGCUUUAGUCACUCGCUGGCAUUCGAUUUGACAACACACGCUGAGCGGAGGGUCCGCUGAUUGCGCCGUCGGCAGCAUUUUCAUUUUUUCGAAAUCGAACAGUUUUUCUUUUGGACGUUUGUCGUAGCAUCGCAUUGCGUCGCGUCGAUCGUGUUUUUUGAAAUUGUUUCUCCGGUUUGAAUUCAAAUAGUUUUCACCCAAUUCCCCCCAACGAAACCUCGUGAAAACUAAAGUAAAAGGAAAUACCGAAAUCAAAUGAAUAAAUAGGAAUUGUGCAAAAUAACAGCUAAAUAUUAUCUAAAGAGCAUUUUGACAGCAAUUCUAGCCGGUCACUGCUCAAUAGUUUCGAAAUUUGAAAUUUUUGACGUCGCUGCUCACGCAACUUUCACACAUUUUCCCAUUUUCCAAAAAAAAAAAAUAAAAAUAAAUAAAUAAAUAAAAUUGUAAAAUUGUCUCUCAAUAUAAAAAUAAAGAAAAAUUAUCGUCAAUGUGCACAAAAAUAUUACAAAUAAAUAAAAUUGAUAAAAAAUCAAAGUCGAGUGCAGUUUUUCGAAGAGUGCAAACCAGAAAAUGUUGAAUUGUUGCUCCAAGAAAAUUGAGCAAAUUUUGUAAAGUGUGCCAAAGUGCAGCCAAGUAAAAAAUAGAGAUUAAAAAACACAACAUAAAACGUCUACAGAAAAAUCAGUAAAGCCAAAAACAACUAAAAUCGUAAAAGUUUUGAAAGUGCAACAUGUUGGCGUUGCAGCCGCACACCUAAGGCCCUAGCAACAGCAAAAGCAACGAAUCGAGCUGCGUUGGUUGAUUUUCAGACUUGAAAGGCCGCUGUUAACUGUGCUGACAUGACUAGGAAGUCAUUGGAGUUGAUAAAAUGCAUUAUCAGCGAGGAAGACGACGAUGAAGAUCAGCAACAGCUACAGCAACAGCAACAACAUCAGCAGCAGCACAAGGAAGGGCAUCAAUCGCUGAAAUUGAAAAGUGUUCAACAAGUCUACGAUAUGAUAACCUAAAUUGGUUGCCACCAAGCGGCGAAAACUUUGUAUCAACUGGAACGCAGAACUCUAAAAGAAAACGAAUACACUGAGAAAAACAAAUAUCAUAAUUUAAACAAAAACACACAACGAAACGAAUGUAGAGAUAUAACUUCCUUUCCUUUUCCUUUUUUUUUUUUUGGUUACUCAAACGGGGCGUUCAUAUGUUUCAACGAUAUUUAAGGGCGUGUCGCACGCCCAGCAACAACUGACAAACUUGAGGCAGCAACAAAUUUGUAUAAACAGCAAACCAGCCAAGUACUUUGAACAAGAAAAUAAAAAGAAAGGUGAAAAGCAACAGCAACUGCAACAGCAACUGCAACUGCAAUUGCAACAGCAGCAGCAACAGCAGCAACAACUCUUGUGCAACUGUAAUUGUAAUCUUUCAUGCGAAGAAACCUGCGCUUGAAUUGGAGGGCCCUGGCGCUGCUGGGCGCCCUCCUUUUAUCGAUUGAGACCCGGGCGGGUCUGUCGUUUGCCGUAACGACAAUGUCGAGCCAAGACACAAAUAGUACGCAAACAAACAGUAGUAAUGCAAACAAUAAUAACAACAACAAUAACAAUAGCAGUAGCAAUAACAAUAAUCAAUAUAAUAGUAAUAGUUCCAUGCAAAGUGAUCAUAGUCAUAAUAGUCCUCUAUUCCUGCUGAGGCGUGAAUAUAGUUUAGAUCAAAAUCAAAGUAUUAGCGCUGAAUUUAAUAUGCGAACAUUAAACAACACAAAUCAAUCAACUGCCAUAAGCCCAACCACCACAGCAACACCCAACAGCAGCAGCAGCAGGAGCAUCACAACAGAAGCAACAGUUGCUGAUGCAGAUCGAUUGGGAUUCAUUUUCUCAUCUGCGCCGCAUGAACAUUUGGCCAUACUCUCACGCACCGAGCGCAGCAUACGACAUCAGCAUCAGCAUCUGCAUCACCAGCAACUGCACCAGAGACAGCAGCAACAGCAGCAGCAACAGCCGACUGCUGCCACCAACAGCAACAGCAACAACAACAGCAAUUUCAUUGGUUCGAAAUCGAAAAGACUGAAUAACUCUAGAAAUAAUCUACACAUAAAUAGUAGCAAUAACAACAACAGCCACAGCAACAGCAACAUAUUCAACAAUAAUCCCAGCAAUUUGGAUCGUAACGAACGCUCCACAAUUUCCCAUUUGGCGGGACCAUCUCGCAAAAUACAGUUAUAUAUGAAGAAUCGUAUACUGCAAAUACUGCCAGAUGGCACCGUCAAUGGCACGCAGGACGAGCAGAGUGAAUACACCAUUCUGCAGCGCUCCACUGUGGAUGUGGGUCGCAUUAAGAUACAAAGUGUGGCAACCUGCUUGUAUCUGUGCAUGGAUGCGUGUGGCGCGGCCUAUGCCUCGAAAGAAUUCGACGACAACUGUGUGUUCAAUGAGAACAUGGAGCUGCACAACUACAACACAUACUCCUCCACAUACAACUCGAAUGCGAGACGAGUGUUCUAUUUGGCGCUGACUGGCCAAGGUGCGCCGCGUCGCACACAAAUUCCGGCGACCAGGACAUUGGGCAAGCUGUCCACCUACACGAAUGCGAUCACCGAGACGGUGCCGCAGCAGCGGGUCGAGCAGCUGAUAGCCAAGAACUUUGGUGCCAAUCGCGUCAAGCAUGGCGUGCGCCAACUCUGUGAUACCGGCAAGCCGCUGAUUGAGCUCAUCGAUGCGCUGCACUUUAAGCCGCGACCCAAAUGCAGCAGCAGCAGCAGCAGCAACAGCAGAAGCAGCAGCAGCAGCAGAAGCAGCAGCAGCAGUAGUAGUAGCAAUAGCAUUAGUAGUAGUAGUAGCAGUAACGUUCCUGUGCCUGCGUACAGCGCCAGCAGCCUGAUUAGUAUUAGUAACGGUAGUCAAAGCGACAGCGGCCAUAUUAGCAGUAGCAUUACCAGUAACAAUAACAAUAACAUUAACAGUAGCAGUAGCAGUAGCAGUAGCAGUAGCAGUAGCAAUAGCAGUAAUCUUAGCAGUAACAUAACCCAGCACAAGAGGAAGAAAAAGCUGCGCAAGUGCCGGCCGCACGAGCAGGAGCAAACGCACAACUGUCAGAGGCGUGGCACACUCCAGCGCGGUCCCAAGGCCCAGCUGUGCAAGGACCUGCGCGACGAGGCAGCCAGAACAGGUGCGCCGCCGCCCAAAUGUGGCAAGAAGUCCGGCAGCCCUGCAGCCAAACGCAAAGCCGCCGCAGCGUCAGCGUCUGGUGUCGUCGCCAAGGGCGUCAUGCAAAGGCCAAGGCCAGGCGGCGCGUCUGGCAAGCGAAAAGCGCCCAAGCAGCGCCCCAACGCACCCAAAAGGCAGCGGCCAGGCAAUGCCAGCAAACGCAAUAGUACGAGAAAGCUGCAGCGCCUGCUCGACCCGAGCAGCACGACUGUGAGAACGACAACGACGACGAGCACCACAGUGGCCAGCAGCCUGGCAACGCCGGGCUACAGCAACAGCUGGGAGAGCAGCUCAUCGCUGCCUGCUCUGGCGCUCAGCGAGACGAGCGAUCGGGUCGAGCGCAAUGUGCGCAUGUCCCACGCCAGCGUUGAGGAGCCACAGAGCGAAGACGAUGCGGAGGAGGAGGACGACGACCUGCCGGAGCUGGACUCGCAGGAGGAGCCGGAAAGCAGCUACGAGAAUGCCACGCUGGAGGGCCAGGCGCGCGGCUCCGCUGUGGACGACUCGGUCUACUACGAUCAGCUUGAUUUGCAUUAAAAUGGAAUUGCAAAAUGAAAAUAUUAAGUAAUCCCACUAUAUGACUAAGAAAUCGAGCAAGAUCUUGUAAAAAGUUUGGCUUGAGUAUGCGAUAUUGUAAUUUGCAAGUUUUCAUACACCCACACACACCACACAACACACACACAUACACGUACGUACAUACACACCGAGAAAUGCAAUACACUGCACAACACACCACACAACCACAAAGCAAAACACCGCAUCGAAGAUAUACAUACACCUGAUAUGUAUAUGAUGUUUAUCCAACGACUGUGGUCCCAAAAAGUAUUUUUGAUGCAGCGCCCAGAUGUCGAUAAUUAUCGAUAAAAAUAAUAGCUUGAUGCGCGUCUGCAAUCGAUCACGAAUAAGAAUAUCAAAUUAAAUGAUGUAUUACUACAAAACGGAGUCUCGAGUAUUUUUUGCUUAAGUGUUUUUCUAUUGGCACCGAUCCAUAUAAAGCGAAAAUAUUUAUAUACAUAUAUAUAUCAAAUUGCACGCUCAUAUUAUACUUUAUUAACAACUAUUUUAUUUAUCGAUCAAAUAACUCAACUAGCCAAAUAUACAAUUUACUUUAGCUAUUUACAGGCUAUUCGAAAUACUUGAGUCUCUGCUCUUAAACUUUUAAACAAAUAACAUAAAUAAUACUCAAAAAUACGACCACUCAAAAUUGAAGAAAAAGGCAAAAAACAAAAUCUGAAACAAUGCAAAGCUUGCAAAAGUUAUAAAACAUGUUUUCCUUAUACAGCAAAUCAAUAUUAUAAAUAUAGAAGCAACAGCAAGAGUCUAUAAGUACAUAUGUGCAAAAUGUGACAAUUCGAAUAGUUCGCAUGCGAAAAUUGUUUUGUAAAUAGAUUUACGAUUGCGAUUAGUCAGUCAGACGAUUAUUAUAAAUAUCCCCACUUAUAUAUAAAUACAUAUAUUUAUAUAUUCAAUUUAAUUGUGGUAUUGUCGAACCUCGCUGCCUCUCAGUACGUAGUCUAAGCUAUGUGAACCAAUCUUAAGUGCGGCAAAACGAAAAUCAUGAAAAUCCUAAAAGCCAUAAACGAAACAAUAAAGCCAACGAAAAAAACGAUAAAACUAUUAAAAAAAAAAAAAAAAAAAAAAAA